CUUACCAGUCUUACCAAAUUUAUUAAGAUAUAGGUUCGAUGGCACGUUUAAAAAAAUUAAAAUAGAUUCGAAACCCGGUUUUUUCGAAUUUUUCAAUACCCGAAAAAACAUGCGACAAUUCUCAGUGAACGUAAAUCCAGUAUUCUUUGCAUUUUGUGAUAUUCUACUGCUGCUGGGAUCAGUGAAAUCUUCGAAAUUAUUAUUUUGAGAUCAACAUUUGCUUAUGGAAUCUUCUAUUUGUAAUAUUAAAAAAUUUACAAUAUAAAUGCGAAGCUUUUGUGUUGGAAAAGGUUAAGUCAACAGUCGCUAUCUCGACUUAUCGACUUUUCCGGUGACGUUUACACAUGUGCUUUCCAUACGUAAUCUCCCCCCUGGAAAGCUGAUCUCAACCCCAUCAAGAUGCUUCCAGUGCACCACAAGGACAGUCCAAAUGUCGGGAUCCGCAUCAAGGAGAAGAUCCUCGGCUGGCUUCGACUGGUCUUCUCCGACGAAAACACCCGCAACCUCUUCUUCUUCCUCCUCAUCAAUUUCGGUUUCGCCUUUGUCGAGUUGUCCUACGGUUUCGUCUCCAACAGUCUUGGCCUCAUCUCCGAUGGCCUCCACAUGUUAUUCGACUGCGGUGGUUUGAUAGCAGGCCUCGUGGCGUCUGUGAUCACGAAAAAGCGAGCAAACGACCGCUACACCUACGGCUACGUUCGGGCCGAAGUUCUUGCCGGUUUCAUCAACGGACUCUCCCUUCUCGCGCUGGCUAUGCACAUCAUGAAGGAGUCGAUCGAGCGAGCAAUUGAGCCACCGGAAGUGAAACACGAGCGACUCUUCAUCAUAUCCGUGAUGGGACUUGGCGUUAACUUGAUAGGAAUCUUCGUCUUCAAGCACGGCGGACAUGGUCACAGUCACGGAGGAGGAGGAGGAGGAGGAGGAGGAGGAGGCCAUGGUCACAGUCAUGGAGGCCAUGGACAUUCCAACAGCUACAAUGGACACGAUCAUUCGCACAAUCAUAGUGAUGAUCAUCACUCGCACGAGGCUCACGAGGCUCCGCGUAGCUCGCAGAUCAUGAAAGGCGUUUUCCUCCACAUUCUCGCCGACACUCUCGGAUCGGUUGGUGUCAUCAUUUCCUCUCUGCUGAUCGAGUGGUUCGGCUGGCUCUCCGCAGAUCCCAUCUGCUCCAUGUGCAUUGCACUCCUGAUUGGCAUGAGUGUUGUGCCGCUAAUUAAAGAGACUGCGGUGAUUUUAAUGCAACGGCAGCCCACUGCCUUGGACCGCGUCUUGCCACAGUGUUACAACAAAGUGAAACAACUCUCGGGUGUUAUUGGGGUCCAGGAUCCCCACUUUUGGAGUCUGACUUCGGAAAUUUUCGUUGGCUGCUUGAAAUUGGAGGUGGACGCGCGAACUGUUGAGCCGAAAUAUGUGAUGGCGCACACGCAAAUGAUAUUUCAAGCGGCUGGUGUUAGACAACUUACUAUUCAACUGGACUAUGUCCCGGUAUGAUGUUGGAAAGAGUGUCAUAGUGUUGAGAGUUUCAAUUUCGACGAGAGCUUCCAGAUUAUAUCGGUGUGAUCGACUUUCGAGAAGCUUGAAUGAAAGCUGAAAGUGCACGUGAUUUUAUUUCAAGGAGGGUCAAAGCAUUACUUUUCAGCGAACUUUAGGAAAAGAGUGAUGAAAACUGGCCGUGCAAUUGAAUCAGUUUUUUAUUGGAACAGAUUCGUUUUCAUGAAAUAAUAUAUGGUGAAUCCUCCUCACCUGGACAGAGAUUUUCCGCGCGAAAUCUCUUUUGCAAUGUUUGCUGCUAUAGAGAAAGAAUUGUACAUUUUUGAAUGAUUUUGUUAUUUUUUGACUGUCGCUUGUUAUAUUAUAUGUAUUUUGCAAUCUGAAUCUGGAUAACAGAGAAAUUACCGAAGUCUUAUUUUUCCUUCUAUUGACUAUUCAGGUAAAAUUUAGGUGAAUUGAUGUAAAUUUUAUGAUGAGGUGUUGAAAUUGAGUUCCCGAAAGGAGAAAUUUGGUGAAUAAGAAAAUCAAAGAAAUAGUGGUGUCUUCACACCAAAUAGAUAGGAAUUUUAUUACUGUAUUUUUAAGGGAGAAAGGACUUUUCCUCUCUGAUUUUUAGGCUUCAUAUUCUCACUAUAAUGUGAAAACAGUUUUGAUAAUAUGUAUUGUAUGAAUGCAAACUAUACAAACAUUCCUAUUUUGAGCCAGGAUUAUUAUAUAGAUAAAUAUUAUCUUUUAAUUAGUGUGAAUAAAGAUUCAUCGCCCCAUAAAUUCCACAUUUAUGUGCUUCGUAUAUUCUAGUCUUUAUACACAAUAAUUAUUAUCAAUUACCAUCAUGCAUUAAUUGUUUGGCUGUUACUCAAAAAUAAGAAUGAGAGAAAUAAACGGACCUGGUUAUCAACCGAAA